AUGAAAUUAGUUAGAUUUUUGAUGAACUUGCCAAAUGCUACAAACCAACCUAUAACGGUAGAGUUGAAGAAUGGUAAUUCUAUAAAUGGCCAAAUAUUGUCGUGUUCACCUCUGAUGAACUUAUCUAUGAAGAAUAUCAAAUUGAGUCAACCUCACCAAGACCCCCAACUAUUACAGUUUAUAAAUAUCAGAGGUAACCAAAUAAGACAGAUACUAUUGCCGGAUGAACUAAAUGUUGAUAAUGUUUUGGCUAGGAGUGUGGUUAAGAUAAAAGGAAACGGUUCGGGACCAGGUAGUAAGGAUUUAGCAAGCAGCACCAACAAAGGAAGAAAAGGUGGUAGACCCACUAGAGGAGGCCGUGGAGGAUCUAGAGGAGGUGGUUCGAGAGCUUUUUAG